AUGGCGAAUGAUGACGCAGACGUCAGAGUGAGGCAGUUUCUUGUCAUCUACGAACUUGGAGCGCUGCUGACGGAGAACGCCGACAAGCUCCGGGAGGCCUCGGUCACUGGCCGGAGAAGCGGCUCGGACCAGCUGCGGGCCACGGCGGUGGCCGGGCUCUGCGAGACCCUCAACCUGCCCUCGGCGGCCCGACGCCUCAAAGAGGCGCCACCGGGCGUGGAAAGCCACGGCGCCCGACGGCUGAAGCGCGCUUCGGCCGAGCAGGCGGCCAUAGAGAUGAUGGGCAGAUGUGGUGAACAAGCAAAAGAGAUAUGCCCGAAAAGGUGGCGCCGGAUGGCCGACGUGCCGGAAGGGAGAGGGCUGUGGAUCCGGACAUCAACUGCCAGGCCUCAGGGAUAUCCCGGCGAUCUGCGGGGGACGUUUGGUCCGACUGCAAGAGGAUCACUGUUCUUUUGGGGUCUCCCUGACCUGCAAGACCUACAGUUCACCAGUAACCAUCCAGCAACAUUCCACCAAACACAUCGCUCACCCCUCGCCUCGAAGUGA